AUGAGCGCAACCAACAAUCAUACUCUAUCGUCAGUUCCCACUACCACCACCACAAAAAAUCAAUUUAUUUCCUCGUCAUCGGCACCUCGGAACAGUUUGGGAUCGAGUAUAACUACAUCAACGACAUUCCGAGAAAAAUAUGUGGUUCUAAUAGAAACGAUAUUUAAUUACAAAGAUGAUACAAACAAGCCUUUUGAACGAGAGGAUGUGUUUUGGGAUGAAUUGUUUUUAUUAAAAAUCAAUAGCGGAUUUUUAGAGAAUAGUAUUGUGUUGCAGACUGAGGAAGAAUUGAUACAAAUGGAGCAAACCAUUUUAAAUCCCCUCUGUUUGAAAUGUUUAUUCUAUAUGAAUGAUGAUUCUCCAAUCCGUAGAGCUAAUGCAAUACAUACCUUGUGUAUUAUAUUUAAAGCAUUAUUUUCAAAAAGAUGGAAUAACUUUAGCGUUCGAGUCAUGAGUUUAGUUUGUGGGUUUCAAAACGCAGACGAGUUUUUCAAAAUUCUUUUAACAAGAAGCUGUCAAUUAUUGUCAAAGGAUGUUAAAAAGGUGAAACAAAUGGUCCUUGCUCUUUUUAUAAUUUUAUUGACAGGAGCAGAUAAUGCCAAUCAAAAUGCAAUCAUUGAUUACUUUACAUUGGUUGAUGUGUUUGAUCCUCUAUUGAAUGUGAUUGAAGAUAUCACAUUUUCUCUAAAGAUGAAAAAGAAUGCCAUCAUUUGCCUCUCUCUUCUCUGCAACUAUAGAAAGUAUGAAAUUUCUGACAACAAAUAUAUCAGUCACAUUGCUUCGAUUCAGAAGCCUUCUUCAAUGAUUGCGCUAGCAGACAUGAUUACAAGCGCUCUCUUUGUUUGGAACGAAGCAUUUGAACAGACUAUCCAGCAACAAAGCUUGGUGUCAUAUGUAUGGUCCUCUAUAUUUGGAUCCUCAUCAAACGAUACUACAAAGAAAGCUCGAAGUGUGAAUGAAACAUCUGGAUCAUUGUUACUCUUUUACGAGCUUGCAAACCAUAAUAACGACUUUGUUGGAUCUAUGACCAGAUCUCUUGCUCAAAUGACCGAUGACACUCAAGACGUGCUUUCCAAAAAUAUUAAGGACCAACUGGAUCAAAUGCAAAAAACCAAAGUUGUGAAAUCGUGCCCUCUCAUCUUUCAAGAAUUCCUCAAAUUUUGUUCAGUACUUUUUCAAGAACCAUUCUACACCACCAAAUAUGUUGCAGUUGGCUCUAACUCUAAAUCCUCUGAAGACAUUACGAGCCAGUAUUAUACUCACUUUUGCCUUCUGAUCAUUUUAUGCUUGAUUGAGAAAAAGGUUUUCAAAAAGUAUAUUUUUGAUAUUAACACCAAGCUAGAUUUUUUUCUAUUCAAAAAGGAGAAUGGAGUUUUUGUUAAGAAUCAAUAUCAUGGAUUUGGAACAGUUGCAAAAGUAUUAAUGGAGCUAUUAAUUGACUUUGUUUUUCACCAUUUACAGAGAAAGCAUUUUCCAGUAGAUUUAACGAUAAGGGCUCUUUCUGCCAUUCAUCUCUUGAUUUGCCAAAGCAGAAAGUAUAGAGUUCGUUUUGCAGUUGAUUGGGACACUUUGUGGAACGCUCUUACAAAGAUUUGUGAUAUUGUUGCUAAAGAUGAAUGCAGUAAGGACUUGGAAAAAGCUUCACUAGUUUUAGAGAAGGUAUUGAAGCUUUUCAACUUGGGAAUUUUAAAAGGUGAAGCGUUUUUACCAACAAGAAAGCAUCAUGAACAAAUGAUUUAUCAAUUCAUAAGACAUAGCUCUGUUUUUGAUCAAUUAACGGAUUGGAUCGAAAGAAACCUUAAAAAAGUUAAUCCAAACAGGCAGUUACUGACAAAUAUUUCCACAAUAAUCAGCCAAAUUGGAGAAGAAAUUGACAUGAAACAUGGUAGCUAUCCAUCAGAAGAUCAAGUUUAUUUAAUUAUCAAACAAACCUAUCCAAACCUCAAACUAACAGAUUUCCAAACAUUAGAAGAUGUUGAUGAAUAUGUUGAGAAUCCAAACGAAACCAAUUUCUUUACUCAAUUAAUGAGAGUAUUUAUUUUUGACUGUAAAACUUUGGUGAACAACUCUUUUCUCAGCCAAAAGAACAAUUAG